GCGCUCGGCGAAUGUGCGCGAUUCAUUCUCCUGCCACGCCUUCCGCCUUUCAUUGGCUGAGGGCGGUUCUGUUAGUGGCGAGCAGUGGCUAGCAGGUUAGGUGCGUCUGCUAUCAGACGGAGAAGAGCCCCGCCUGCAACCGUCACACCGGCCGCGGCUUGGCGCAGGCUGGAUCGGUGGAUGCGGUGACGUUAGAGGAGAGAGCCGGGCUACAGGCAGCGACCAUGGCCGCGCGUUAUGCAUUUGUGAGCCCAUAUUUAUGCUUCUCUUGAGACGUGGUGGAACUCAUUCCAUUUUUUUUUUUUUUUUCUUGUGCCUUUCCUGGAAAACUCUGGCUGCCAUUCUGAACAGAUCUGGGCUUCUGUGACUCACACAAGACUGUCAUAGCAGAACAACCAUGGAUCUCAAGACUGCAGUAUUCAAUGCUGCCCGUGAUGGCAAGCUACGCCUUCUUUCCAAGUUGCUGGAAAACAAGGCCAAAGAUGAAGUUGUUUUGCUGAUGUCUGAGAAAACCAAUGGAGCAACACCUCUUUUAAUGGCAGCCCGUUAUGGUCACCUAGACAUGGUAGAUUACCUGCUGGAUCAGUGCAGUGCCUCUGUGGAAAUCGGGGGAUCGGUCAAUUUUGAUGGGGAGACCAUAGAAGGAGCACCACCACUGUGGGCUGCAUCUGCAGCCGGCCACCUUAAAGUGGUUCAGUCGCUACUGGAUCAUGGAGCUUCCGUGAACAACACAACCCUCACCAACUCUACGCCUUUGCGGGCUGCCUGCUUUGAUGGGCAUUUGGACAUUGUGAAAUAUCUAAUAGAGCACAAAGCGGACUUGGAGGUGGCCAAUCGUCAUGGCCACACUUGUUUGAUGAUCUCCUGCUACAAAGGUCACAAAGAGAUAGCCCAGUUCCUGCUAGAAAAGGGAGCAGAUGUUAAUAGGAAAAGUGUCAAAGGAAACACCGCCUUGCAUGACUGUGCAGAAUCUGGAAGCCUAGAAAUCAUGAAAAUGCUUCUGAAAUAUGGAGCCAGAAUGGAGAAGGAUGGCUAUGGAAUGACACCGCUACUCUCAGCCAGUGUAACUGGUCACACAAACAUUGUGGACUUCCUGACUCAGCACCCACAGACCAGUAAGCGAGAGCGCAUCAAUGCCCUUGAACUUCUUGGAGCUACAUUUGUUGAUAAAAAACGGGACCUUCUUGGUGCCUUAAAGUAUUGGAAGAGAGCUAUGGAUAUGAGAUACAGUGAUAGGACUAACGUUAUUAGCAAGCCUGUUCCACCGGAAUUAAUUAUGGCAUAUGAUUAUGCGAAGGAAGUAAAUACUGCUGAAGAGCUAGAUAACCUUAUUGCUGACCCUGAUGAGAUGAGAAUGCAAGCUCUUUUAAUUAGAGAACGAAUUUUGGGCCCUUCACAUCCAGAUACAUCUUAUUACAUCAGGUAUCGGGGGGCAGUCUAUGCUGACUCUGGGAACUUCAAGCGAUGCAUCAAUCUGUGGAAGUAUGCUUUGGACAUGCAACAGAACAACCUGGAUCCUUUAAGUCCAAUGACAGCCAGUAGCCUAUUGUCAUUUGCCGAGUUAUUUUCCUUCAUGCUUCAGGAUCGGGCUAAAGGAUUGCUUGGUACUACAGUUACAUUUGAUGACCUUAUGGGUAUAUUGUGUAAAAGCGUACUGGAAAUAGACCGAGCGGUCAGACAAGCAUUGAUGCCUCCUGACCAAGUCCAGUUAAACAAGGCCCUCUCUAUAAUUUUGCACUUGAUCUGUUUGCUGGAGAAAGUGCCCUGCAGCCCGGACCAAGAGCACUUCAAAAAGCAGAACAUUUAUAGGUUCCUUAAGCUGCAACCCAAAGGUAAAAAUAACUUUAGCCCUCUUCACCUGGCUGUGGAUAAGAACACCACUUGUGUCGGCCGCUACCCUGUUUGCAAAUUCCCUUCUCUUCAGGUGACUGCCAUCUUGUUGGAGUGUGGUGCUGAUGUUAAUGUCCGAGACUCUGAACAGAACAGUCCACUACACGUUGCUGCUCUCAACAACCACCCAGAUAUCAUGAAUCUGCUUAUAAAAGCCGGGGCACAUUUUGACUCUACAAAUUCGCACAACCAAACUGCCUGUGAUUUGCUUGAUGAGAAGGAAAUGGCAAAGAACUUAAUCCAGCCCAUCAACCACACCACUCUGCAGUGUUUGGCUGCACGUGUGAUUGUCAAACACAGUAUAACCUACAGAAAGCAAAUUCCAGAGAAGCUGGAGAGCUUUGUUUUGCUUCAUAGAUGAUGCUUUGCCUGGACCUCUAGUACAACUGAAGGAUGUGCCCUUUGACUGUUGGCUUCUUAAUAAAGAACUGUUGAUAGGAGACAUCAGUAUGCUUCAGCUGGUAAUGUCAUGAUCCACUUGUCUCCAACAUAGCAUCAUCUCCUAUGGAAGGAUUUGUUACCCAUAUUUAAAUCUGAAAAUAUAUCAAAUUUGAUUUUCUAUGUCCUUUUAAAUUGUAUUUUCUGCACCCGACUUGUACAAUCUGCCAAAUUCUGUUUUCAUUUGGCUUGUUUUCUGCCUGUUCAGUAGGGGAGAGUGGCACACUUUUUUUUUUUUUUUUUUUUUUUUCUUUUUAUAUAUGCCUUUUCUGGUGGCUUCCUGCUAUUUUGCUGGUUUCGUGGAUUUUUUUUCUUACCUGAGUUCAGGCCAUUUCCGCUCUUGUAAUCUUCAAGCCUUUCACUCCCAAUGUUUCAAUGGGUAUCUUUCUAUGGACCAUUGCUAAUUUGUAAAAGCUUUAUGAACAUGUUAAUGUUUGCAAUUACCAUAAGUGCUUUAUCUCCUCUAUGCACUGGCUUAGACAUGACUGUUGUGUGUUAGCAUACUUCUAUGCAGCAUUUUGCCAGCCCAAUUAGAACACGAUUUGUAGUUUGUUUUCAAGUCAGUUUCCAUUCUGCACUAAACAGCAUGGCUAUUUUGUAGGAGUUUUGCCGGCUUCUGCAGGCAAAACAGUGUUUGACUUUACAACUGCCUUCCCUUGAUCUAGAAAUACAAGAAAAUGGGUAAUUUGUGGGUUUUGAGUAUUUUGGCUCUUCAAAUCCUUUGAAUUAAAUUUAAUGCUAAAAAUUACAAGAGUGUGCAGAAAUCCUUACUCGUUGUUUGUCCUUGGAUACCUCCUCAUUUAGCAAAUCAGAAAUAAGAAAGGUCUUGGCCUGUAGCAGUCGUGAUUACAUUCAGAACUGCUACCCUUUUCUGCUGCCAUUUUAUUACCAAUACUUCUCAUUGCAGACAUGCAUAAAUUAGACCAAUGGUAGGUUUUAAUUGCCCUUAAAGGGACACUAUUAAGAAUAUAUAAGAUUUAAACCUAGAGCUGUGAGGUUUUUAACCAAAAGUGAGCGGUGGUUGAAUAUGGACAAUUUUGCACAUCUCCAUCCUAAUCUAGUGACUUCCAUAUAUAAACCUAGAAGUAAUGGUAUCUUUGUCCAUAAUUGCAUAAUAGAAUGAUUAUUUUUCUUUUUGCAGUUACCAGCCACCUUACUAUCUUUCGCUGCAAUAUGAGUGUAGAAACAAAACUGUGCACUAAAUAGCAGCCUUAGAGUACGAUGAAACAUAUUAAUACACCAAUGUGCAAAAAAAAGUACUAACCUAGGUAUGAAGGUCUGACGGUGUCCCUUUUUAAUUGAAAUUCAUACUAGAUGUCUGUGUGGUAUGCUGCAUUAUCAGUCAAUCUUAAUGCAUCUGUAGUAUGAUUAUAUAAUGGGUAGGAAGUUGCAUUGAGGUCAGGGCUUCUUAUAGUUUGUAUUAAUGUAUGCUCUGUUUUCAGUAAUCUGUUCAGGUAACCUGCAUGCGUUGGUAUGCCUCUUUAAUCAGCGACAUGCCUUUUUUUUUGUUUUUCAAAGAAGCAGAAACAACAUCCUUUUGUAUGUGUAGACUAUAAAUCCAGAUAAUUAUGAUUUGUCAAGUCAACCCAUCAUGCUACUUUGUCCUUAGCAGGAAGGGCUCUCUUGUUUGACCAGAUGUAAAGAAAUGCGAAUGAGUAAGAUUCAGGUGACUAAUUUAACAGCACUUUACUGUUGCUCCAGAAUAACCUUUUUAUUGGCCUUGCAAACAUCUUACAAUAAAACUCUUGAGUGAAAAAAAAAAAAAAAAAUCUUGCUUACUUGGGCAGAAUUUAGUGUUUGACAACUCUUUAAUAAUUGAUAUUCACAGACGUUCAUUUUUUUUUUUUUUUUUUUUUCUUCCAUGAUCCUAGACUUGUAAUACAACUAGUAAUUUUACCAGCACUUGGAGAAACCUGGGGGCUGACGUGUCACUCUGCAAAUGCUGGCUGCAGGUCAAAUAUGCUGACUAUCUUGGUUCAAUACUUUGACUUUUUAACCGAGAACAAGUAUGCAAAUAAGGGCUUCUUAAUAUAUAUUUUUCUUUUCUGGUCUAUAUACUUGUUCUGGGUCAUGUACUCAGGAAGUGUUGAUGCCUGCGAGUCGAUAUAAAGGUCCAAAAACUUGCAUUUUCAGAAAGAUUGCAAUGCAUGCUCCAUAUAUUGGAAACCUUUUAUAAUGAUGAAGUAGAUCUUCAGGCAAAUGUCAAAAAUUGCAUCUAAAGGACAUGUGUUUUAUGUGCAAAAAAGUGUCAUUUUUGUUUUGGGCUCUAUCACACCUGGUUCAUUUCAACUGCUUUUAGGUGACGAUGCUGACUUGGGCGAGUCAUAAACAGCAAAUUUCUUUGGUUGCAGCAAACAUUUGCUUGAUUCCCCCCUUUAACAGUGUUGACAGGGCAAUCCCUCCCGCAAAGCCAUUGUUAUCCCUGCACUAGCGAUAAUCAUGUAAAAUCCAGCAGGCGGUUUUUGUACCCAAGUUGAUUGAUCAACUUUGGUACAUUCAUCUUGCCCAUACAUGGUCUAUGGCUGGCUUAAUCGUGCCUUGAGCAGGCUGAUGGUUGAUAUAUAAAUUGCAUUACCUAAGCAGCAUUUAAAUGUGGCAUCUGCUUGACUGUGUGCAGUGUGGCAGACAUGGCCAUAAAAAGUUGUAUCCCAGCUGUAUUUUGCUCAGCUAUUUAUACAUCAUAGAUACCACAAGCAAGAUCUCUGCGUCUUUGUUCCCAGCUGUGCCCUUGUGCUACAGUCAUACGCAGGCCGAUUUAUAAAGGAAAGGCAGAGUAAAGUUCCUGAAACUUCAUGAGAGGUAUAAAAACACCCAUGGGCCACCAUUAAUGAAAUGUCAGUGUUGUGUUUUUUUUUUUUGUCUGGACCCUUUUACGAUGUUCACCAUGUAAUUACCAGUAACAUAACAUAUUAAACUAAAUUCAAUUUAGAUACUUGGUCAUCUGGAAAGAGGCUUUCUGUCAUAAUAAAUCCUUUUCAUAUCGAA